UAUACUCUCAUAUAUAAGAAUUAUUUUUGGUGUAAAAUAUUUUUACAAUAUAUUUGUGCAGAAGUACGGGAACAAAACACAGAACACGUUUGCAGUUUUACAAAACCUCAUUCAUGAAAGUGGUAGAGGGAAUGUUACAUCUUUAUCUCAUGAUGAACAUCUAAAAAAAAACAACGACAGAACCACAAAAGCUAAGUAUUUUGAUAAUUACAUCACAUCGAAUAAUCGAAAAAUGUCACUAAAAAAUUCAAAGCCCCUCGCAGUGUGUGCACCGUGACAACUUCGAGAAAUACCAGAAUUCGUUCUUCGUGCGUACAGUCAGAGCCAUAUAUAGAUCUAUACAUCUAUAUAUAUGUCUCUGGUACAGUCCCUCCCUCUCGCUCUCCACCGUUCAUAUAGAGGUAGAGCUGUGGCUUAUCACGCCCUGGUUCGACUGUUUUCCCUGUUCUUUCACACAUUCAUUCACUAGAAUUACGAUUCUUUCAUGAAUUUUGAAUUAAUCCUGGUGUUUAAUAAUUUUGGAAAACCCGUCCAUACACGUAGCUAUAUUCAUUGGGUUAUAAAUAUGUAUCAUGAACUUUCCCGCGGUUUUGAGUCAAGGCUUUCCAAAACUCUAGACCACGUUGCAGUUAGAAUCCGAUCUAUGCAUUGAUGCGAGUUGCUUCCCUUUUAAGGUCAUAGUUGAGAUUGUCAUGUGACAUAUCAUCAAAACACUGGACAAAAUGGAGGACAUGAUGACAGCAUCGACCGUUGGUCUGCGUCGGAUGUUCUACCUUGUCACACCAAACGAAUCAUCGUUCAAAGAUGUGGAUGACGUUCCUAAAUAUGUCGACGAGGCGCUUCCUGUAUUCAUGGUUCUGGUAAUGAUAGAAAUCCCGAUACUCCUCCUUCAGGGGAGACCACUCCCAAGGUUCAAUGAUACCUUUGGUUCUCUAGCUGCGGGAGUCAUCUCACAGUUUCACAGUUUACUGUUCCGUGGAAUGGAGAUAGCAACCUAUAUAUGGGUAUACGAUAGAUGGAACAUCAUAUCUCUACCCUGGGACAGUCCUUGGACUUGGCUCUUUGGUCUGGUUUUUGUGGAUUUUGGAUAUUAUGUGGUGCACAGAACAGGACAUGAAAUGAACAUCAUGUGGGCGGGACAUCAGACUCAUCACAGUUCUGAGGACUACAACCUGAGUACCGCCCUACGACAAUCUGCGGUCCACAGAUACUUCAACUGGAUAUUCUACCUCCCCCUGGCCCUGUUCAUGCCUCCGUCGGUCUUCCUUGUCCACAUCCAGUUCAACCUACUAUACCAGUUCUGGAUCCACACAGAGACCGUGAGAAGUGUGGGACCUCUAGAAUGGAUACUUAACACUCCAAGUCAUCACCGAGUCCAUCAUGGCCGAAAUCCUUACUGCAUCGACAAAAACUAUGGAGGUGUACUCAUCAUUUUCGACCGAAUGUUUGGUACAUUCCAAGCGGAGGAGGAGAAAGUGAUUUACGGACUUGUACAUCCACUCCAGUCCUGGGAUCCGAUCAAUGCACAGUUCUGCCACUUGAAGUACAUGAUCAAGAAAGUUCAGGAAGAAAAGGGCUUCAGUAACAAGAUGGGGGUCAUCUUUAAAGGUCCGGGCUGGUCGCCUGGGAAACCGUGGACAGGAUUGCUAGAGGAUAUCCCAGAGGUGAAGGAGCCGGUACAGAAGUAUGACAAAGGUGUCCCUCUGUGGACCAGCCUGUAUAUAUAUCUCCACUUCUUCUUUCUCAUCCUUGCAUCAGCAGUCGUAGGGAAAUUCAAAGAGGGAAUGUCACCAGUAUGGGUGGUAGCCUUUAUCCUAUACAUGCUGUUCUCGCUGACAAGCUUUGGAGCCAUUUAUGACAACAAGAGUUAUGCACCUUUGAUGGAACUCUUUAGAUGUGGUGUGUUCCUUGUCGUGGCUAAACUCAGCAUUCCUAUGGCGUCCUCCAUGGUUACCGUUGGUUAUGGCCUGAGCUUGUUUUACCUUGCGUCUGCUGGUCUAUGGCUGUUAACGAGUGUGAGACACAAUUUCCUGGUGAAGAAAGUCAAGACGUUAUAAUUGUGAGACAUAUUCUCCUGGUGAAGAAAGUCGAGACGUUUUAUUUGUGAGACGUAUUAUCCUGGUGAAGAAAGUCGAGACGUUAUAAUUGUGAGACAUAUUAUCCUGGUGAAGAAGGUCGAGACGUUAUAUUGUGAGACAUAUUAUCCUGGUGAAGAAAGUCGAGACGUUAUAUUGUGAGACAUAUUAUCCUGGUGAAGAAAGUCGAGACGUUAUAUUGUGAGACGUAUUCUCCUGGUGAAGAAAGUCGAGACGUUAUAUUGUGAGACAUAUUAUCCUGGUGAAGAAAGUCGAGACGUUAUAUUGUGAGACAUAUUAUCCUGGUGAAGAAAGUCGAGACGUUAUAUUGUGAGACAUAUUAUCCUGGUGAAGAAAGUCGAGACGUUAUAUUGUGAGACGUAUUAUCCUGGUGAAGAAAGUCGAGACGUUAUAUUGUGAGACAUAUUAUCCUGGUGAAGAAAGUCGAGACGUUAUAUUGUGAGACGUAUUCUCCUGGUGAUGAAAGUCAAGAUGGUAUAGCUGUCAAAUGUUGGCAACGCUUUGUGUAUAUUUUCUGUUGAUAUUAUUAUGAAUUUAAGUUUCUACACACCUUUUAUUUGAAGUAUGUAGAAAACAAUUAAAAGUCAAGGUUUCAAAUUCCAAUUUAUUACAUUUAAAAGUAAUAAGAACAAAUGGUACAUGCAAAUAUUAAUUGUUGCAGGUACAUACUAAUUAGUAUAGGUACAUAUUAAUUAGUACAGGUACAUACCAAUUGAUACAUGUACAUAUUCAUUGGUACAGGUACAUAUUAAUUAGUACAGGUACAUACUAAUUGGUACAUAUUAAUUGUUAAAGGUAUAUAUCAAUUGGUACAUGUAGAUACUGAUUGGUACAUGUAUAUAUAAAUAACUGCAUAUUGUUUACAUUUAUUACAUUUUCAUAUUUCUGCAUUUUAUUUUUUAGAUUUUUUCAUAUGUAUAUCCUGUUUUUUUUAUCUUUAAAUACUGUUUAAUUAUAAACAGGUGAUUUUUGUUUACUGUUUAUGGUGGUUUUGAUCAUAUUACAGGCACUAACAAUGCAGAAAAGGGAAGUACAGUAUUGUAUUUUAAUCUUUUUUAACAGUGUUUAAUUUAUUAACAAACUAUUUUUGUUGUCUUCCAUUUUGAUAAGAAAUCUGCUAUUUCAAAGAUGUUGAAGAGAUUGUAACUUUUGGCAUUUUUCUGAAAGAAUUCUGUGUUCUAGGAAACAGGAUCGUUAAUGCUAAAAAUGAAAUGGGCAAAAAAUGAUGUCCCAUAUAUUUGACUGAUUAUUAGCGCAUGGUGCACUUGUAUAAUUACAAAAAUUGUUUGUUAAAAAAAAACCUGACAUGAUAUCAGACUGUUUUUAGCAUCAGAAUGUCUGUAUUGUAUCAGUCUGUGAAACAUUUUUUGUAAAUAUUCAUAUCAUUUUAUGGAAAUGUCAGUGAAUUUAGCAACUUUAUAAGACUUUAUUUAAGUGCACACAACCUUUUUCCCAGACAAAAAGAAUGUACUACAAUGUAAUAGGGCUAUGUGUACUUGUUAAGUCGAUUACAGUAUUUGUGUUAAGCUUAUAGAAAAUAUGUGUUUACAAUAUUGACAAUCAUCUUAAAUGAUGAUAUGCAUUAAUUUUUUUUUAAUUUUAAUUUUUAUUGCACUCUCAUUAUUUAUCAAUAUCAACUUAUUCUAUAGAAAUUUGGAAACAAUUUCUGUCAGCUUUUGCUAAUCAUUGCUGUUGGCCAGUAUUGAAGUGGUCAAGAAGUCUUGUGAGAGCACAAAUUCCCGACCCACAGUCGGUAUAAUCUGUUGUACGUCCAUGUAUCAAGAUAGGUACUUAUAAUACAUAUACAAAAAAAACGUACCAGUAUAUAUGAGGGCUGAUUGAUAAGUUGUGAGCCUCGUAUUGAAGGAGGUACUCAAGGAUAUUCUUUCAAAGUCCUACUAUUCUCUGACUAUAUAGGGCCGUGUACCCAAGGACUGGUCUCAUUUUAUUAGCUUAUAUCGACAAGGUAGCACUCUAAAAUAAAUAAGACAAGCGGCUUUUACAAAAUUGACAAAUUCGGUUAGGGUUAGAGUGAAAGAGUCUGUCAUUACCAUGGCUGCCAUUCACAAUUGAGGCUUCAAAUUGAUUUAGCAUUCGCUUAAUUCACCUGAUCUCGCUCCAUGAGACUUUCAUCUAUUUCCAAAACUGAAAACAGCUAUUUCAGGCACCUUAACCCUAACCCUAAACCUAACAUGCAGUGGAUAACUUUCUGAACAGCCAAGAAAAGGAAAUCUAUAAAAAGUGGCAUUAAGGCCCUUAAACACCGCUGGCAAAAGUGUAUAUAGAUACUGAAGGGGAUUAUGUUGAAAAAAAAAUACAAUAUGUCCGGCAAAAUUAAAAUCCUUCAAUACGAGGCUCACAACUUAUCAAUCAACCCUCGUAUAUACAGAUCUUGGGUUUGGAAUCUUACAAGUCUAUGUGUAGGAACAUGUGAUCCUGUAGUCUUUUUGAUUGGGAAUUGACCUCGUCGUCAUGGUGACAGUGCUCUAUAUUUACUGUCCUUACAGCCAUUUUUGUUACUUUAUUUAAUUUUUUGAUUAAUGAUCAAUAUCAUAAGGUGCUAUAUCUGUGAUCUUUUAUUUAAUUGUUUUGUUGAUUGAUGAAAAUAAACUAAUUAUGUAUUUAAA